ACUCCAAAUCUUUAACAAUCUCAAAAAAAUAUUAAAAUGAGUGAUUUUUUUAAAGAAUUUAAUAGUGAAUAAGAACAAAAGAUAGAUUAUUAAUUUAAAAGUUAAACCUAAAGUAAACCAAACUUUUCAAGCAAUAACAACAACUAUGGUGAUUUUUAAAAUUCUGAUAACCAAAACAAAGAACAUGAUGAUUACAUGCAAACUAUAGAGAUUUAAAAUACUACCGCUUAAAAUGCAUAAAUGUAGAAUAAUGAAAACGAUAUUUAAGAAAAUAAUGAGAACCAUGAAACAUAAAACGAAAUUGAGAAUGAUAUUUAUGAGGAACAAUAAGAAAAAGAUUAAUCUCAAUAGAAUGAAAUUUAAAAUUAUAAACUAGAAAGCGGUGAUUAUGAAUUCAUGAAAGAAGCUAUAUUGAAAAAAAAUAAUAAUGUAAUCGAAAUAUCAGCAUUUUUUAAAAUAGGUUAAGAAUAUUAAUUAUUUUAAAAAAUAAUCUAACCAGAAGAAGAUGGUUAAAAUAUUAAAUUGGAAUAAUAAUAUAUUAAAGUUAUCACAUUUUAAUCAGAAGAAGAAAAUGAAGAAAGUUUAAGAAAUAGCAAUGUUAACUACAUUUUAAAGAGAUUUGUUAUAAUUUGCAAUAAUGGAUUUCAUUUUCAGUGUGAUGAUGAUGAAAAUUUAAAAUUUUUAGAGUUGCAAAACAUUAAACAUAAUUACUAAACAAAUUCGAUCGAGUUCUAAUGUUUUAAUGAUGAUUAUGAAUAUCAAUUUGACCAAAAUAUUAUGACUAAAAACAAUGAUACUCUGCAAAUCGAAGAUUUCUAAAAAUUUAUAGAAAGCAUUUCUUGA